AUGGAUUAUAGGCUCAAGCAAAGAAGAGCGUCAUUUUCUGAUCCACAAUCACAGAAACACGUCGCGGACGAUGAGCAUGUAGCUGCAGUUGCAGCUGCUGCAUUUUCCAUUCAUUCACUGGAAGAAGUGGGGUUACGUAAUUUGCAGAAGAUGGAAGAGAGUCCCAAAUUUCCAAAGUCCAAAACUGUGAGAGGAAAAGAAGGGGAAAUACCUAAACCACCAAGUCAUGGAGAAAUUUCAAAGAAAAGGUCAUUUGGACAAGAACUGGCUAGGUCAAGAGAAGGUGUUUUCCUUGCUAAACGUCCAAGUGGGGUAUCCUCUCCAACUCCAAAGCCUAUAUCCCCAGCAGCAGAGUAUCAAAAUCAUAAAGUGAAUCCAAUAAUAGAACGCAAAAAUGACAAGGCAAUUGCAUGGGAAAAGGCUAAGAUAGAAAAGAUUCAAAAGAGGUAUGAGAAGAUGAAGUCCAGAAUUCUUGCUUGGGAGAAUGAGAGAAAAAUGCAGGCCAAAAUGCAAAUGGAAAGGAAGAAGAGCGUGACCCUACGCGCCAGAGUUGGCACGUGCUUAUUUCAAAACUUAAAACUGCGCCCUCGCUUCAAAUCAAAUCAAAUCUCAUUCACUCUACUGGAUGCUCAGUACUGGUAA